AUGGCUCUGGGCCCGCUGCGUCCGCUGCUGCGGCUCCUCGUGCUGGGACUCUGGCUGGCGCUGCUGCGCGCGGCGGCUGGAGAGCGGACGCCAGGCGCCGCCCCCUGCUCCCGCGGCACCUCCUGGAGCGCGGACCUCGACAAGUGCAUGGACUGUGCGUCGUGCUCGGCGCGGCCGCGCAGCGACUUCUGCCUGGGCUGCGCUACAGCCCCUCCGGCCACCUUCCGGCUGCUCUGGCCCAUCUUGGGGGGCGCCCUGAGCUUGGUCCUUGUGCUAGGGCUGCUUUCCGGCUUCCUGGUCUGGAGACGAUGCCGCAGAAGAGAGAAGUUUACCACCCCCAUCGAGGAGACAGGUGGGGAGGGCUGCCCCGGCGUGGCGCUGAUCCAGUGACAGUGAGCGCCCCCGCCAGCCGUGUUCCCACUCAUCAUUCAUUCAUUCAUUCAUUCAUUCUGGAGCCAGCCCUUGCCUCCCAGACGCAGCCUGUGCCAGGCUCAGACAACCACGGGGAGGGGUGGUGGUGGUGAAUCACCUCUGAGGCCUGCGUUUUUGGGGAGACUUC